CCACAUCAAAUAUCACUGUGAUUGUCAUAACUAGACGAUGCAAAUAUGAUGCCAAUAGUGAGACGUUGUAUUUGAACUAAAACUUCAUUUCUAUGAACGAAAAAAAUACGAGAAAUAAAGGUUGUUUACCAGGAUAUGAUGGCGAAAAUUGUUCAGAGCCAUGUCGCUAUCCUAACUACGGAAAAUAUUGUCAGGGGUACUGUGAAUGCACAAAACCGUUUUGUGACAUCGCUACGGGAUGUUUUUCACCAGACGUUGGUUGCAGAACAGGGUAUUUCGGUGACGGAUGUGUACACAGAUGUCGUUAUCCAGCCUAUGGGAAAGAAUGUCAAAAAACUUGUCAUUGUAUUAAAUCUGAUUGCAAUUUCAUCACUGGAUGUGACAAUUCUUCAUAUAUUGUCCAGAAAUCUGACUUAGUCUACUUAUACCCAACCACGACGCCAUACCCCGCCGAAAGAAGUUCUAUGGCAGUAACUGUUGUAGUUUCUGUCUUGUCUUCAUUCUUUGUUUUAGCUUUUAUCACUCUUGUUAUCUGGCAACUAAAAAACCGAAAUGUAACAAACAGGAAAACGUCUCAACACAUUUUAUCACUAGGAGGGCAAAGAAAUGUUCCCUUAGAUACGAAGGAGACAACAAAAAUUAUCCGCCUCUGUGAUGAUUCAAGACCUAGUCACAAAUAUACACCAUCACAGGACGUAUCAACAGAUCUCACACACCCAGGCUUCGAUUGCAAUGUGUUGCAGCGGGAAAGCACCGCAAGCACUAUAAUAUUUGAUAUAAAUUCAUGUACUUAUGAACCCGUCUUGUACGCUGUUGAGGAAGACAGAAUUGCAAGAGUUUGAAAUUCUUUAAAUGAACUGUGUUCAUGUAUAAUUUGAACAACCGUGAUUAUUGUUUUUUUAUGAUCUAAAACUCGAUUGAUUAAAUUCACUGUAAAAAUGUAAAUGGCAUCAAUCUUUGCUAAAUGAAAAUAAAAUACACUUUGCCUAUUUAAUGAAUUUCUUUAUCAUUCACGGACUUAUAUUGUAUUUAAUCUGGACACAAUGAAUAAAGAACAAAGAAUUGAUAUUAGUUUUACUAGAUGAUAGCCAGCGCAAGCGUGUGAAAUGACACUUUAGACGUGCAUUUUUUUUAACUUUGUAUUAUUGCUUUAUCUGUUGUAUUAAAAGUCAACCCAUGGCACAUUUAUGCAUAUCAAUGCAUAACGAUUUCUUUUUUUUAAAAAGGGGA